CUACUCCGGUGUGAAGUAACAUUGCUGGUACAGUGGAUGUGUGAAGAGUUUAUCCAGGAAUCAGAGGAUGCAGUCCGCCACAUUCCACUCGAGCACGCCGGCAGAUGAAGCAGUUUGAUUGGACAGGUCUGCUAACGUUAAAAGGGGCGUGAAGUUUGCUGCUAGCAGCUAGCUCCUGUGUGAUCAUCUGGGAUCCUGUUCAUUUUUGGCGGCGCCCUGCAGAAACGAACAAAAAACGACACUGUAGAGCGUAUAUUUACAACAAACACGGUUUAGUCUGUAGUCUGUAAGCCGUGGUAGCGAUCAGGCUGAUGGACAGGAACAUUUAGUGAAAUGGUGACCCGGGCUCUCUCUCUGGACAUGGCAUUGUGGCCACUGGCGUUGAUGCUAACUUAGCUAGUUAGCUCAGCAGGCUAGGUAGCUGAGCUGCAGGCUGUAACUGAAUCGACUAGCUAGCGAUAAGCACAACAUAUCAGUAGCUUACAUUAGCUAGCUACGCUGUGUUAGCUAGAAGGUAGACUCGCGUUAUGAGAAUCACUUGAGAGCAGCGUCGCUACAUUAACGUCACCUACGUUAGAGUUGAGGCGAACAUUCAUUUUGUACUCAAAGUAACCAUCUGGCUAGUUUGGCUAAGGCUUGCUAAUUUAACGUGCUGACAUGCAGUAGUAGUUGAGCAGUGUUUGAGUCACCAGCCACUGCUGCUUUGCACCAACAGACUAACGGGUCGGUAGCUAACAGUUACCGGGCAUUGUGCGGUAUGUAGCCAUGACAUGCUAACCGUCUAUCAGGAAAGUUUGUGAUUGGUUAUAACGUUACAGGCAGCGUUAGCACAGGCUAGUUCUGGCUGAACAUAUGGUCAUGAUAUGAAGAAUUAUAGAGAUAACGUUGUUAUAAUUGAUAGCCAGUGUUGAGCUGCUUCAGCGCCUCAGUUACACAGACGACGGGGCCUUGUAGAUUGCUGUGGGUUAUCUACACCGCGUUAGCUAGUUUGCCUCACGCCCGCUCAGUUGACUGACGGAUGAUGUUUGUACAAAGCAUGUAAAGUUAUCGAAGUUUGGAGAGCAACAAUGUAACAUCAAAUCGCUGGUUAACCAUCUUGAGUUCAUGAAUUGGUGUCAGGCAGCGUUAGCUUGCAAAAUGAACAACUCAGGAGGAGUCAUGCCACAAGAAAAGAUGGAGCUGGAUCUGGAGAUCCCAUCUUCGGUAGUUCAGGCCGAUGGACACUUGAGAAGAUCCAACAGUGCACCCAUGAUAAAUGGCUUAAGUGAUAACUCCCAGGUGUUCCAGAGAGAGGUCCUACGUAGCCGGAGAAAUAGCACUACAGUUGUCAACAGGCCCAACAUGGUCCCUUCAUCACCUAUUCGUGUUCCCAGCACCAGACUUCAUCAGAUAAAACAAGAAGAGGGUGUAGACGUGAUGAACAGAGAAACUGCUCAUGAGCGAGAAGUUCAAGCUGCCAUGCAGAUGAGCCAGUCCUGGGAAGAAAGCCUUAGUCUGAGUGACAAUGAUUUGGAGAAGUCGGCAUCUUCAUCUCCAAAGCGCAUCGACUUUGUGCCUGUGUCGCCUGCCCCGUCCCCAACCAGAGGGAUAGGAAAAAAGCAGUGUUUCUCUCCUUCACUACAAAUCCUUGUGAGCAGCAAUGGCCUAACACCCAGCCCAAUACCCAGCCCAACGCGACGCUUCAGCCGACGGAGUCAAAGCCCUAUCAACUGUAUCAGAGCCAGUAUACUCGGGCCAAUAAAACGUAAAGGUGAGAUGGAGACAGAGAGCCAACCCAAGAGGCUCUUCCAGGGUACCACCACCAUGCUGUCUUCUGAUGUCUCCAACCUGUCAGAUCUCAGUUCCUGUCACUCUCCAGAUUUACUGGAUGGCAGCCUCAGCAGUGUCAGCUCCUCUACUGACUCCCCGGGCAAGAUGGAGGGAGUGUCACCCUCCUCGUCCAGCAACUCGCCCUUUGCUUCCCUCCAGGAUUUGUCCCCAAAAUGAGAAUGGGAUAGCAAGAGACACUAAAAAAAAGACAGGCACAAAAAAAGCCCCUCUCCAGGGAACCAGUUUCCUUCUGAGACCCUCCACCUCACUAUUGCCUAGAUUUAGUUUAAUUUUCCAUGUCUGCUUUUGAAUGGCUGUUUUCAUGGCUAUACUCUGGAGGGUCUAAAUAUGUUUGAAUCAAGGAAACGAAAGCCAUGGAUGAGGUUUUGUGUGUAAGAGGUGUAAACCGAGUCAAACUGGGAAUGACUGAAGACACUGUGAGCACCAGCUGCUAGUAGAGGAUCUUGGAUGGUGCUCAUCUACAUAGUUAUGUUGUGUUUAAAAGUGGCUAUCCUGCAAAUCUGUCCUACCAGUUCCCCUCACUGGAGAGAGACACUGAGCACUGGACAAAAAAAGACUAUCUGGAUGUGUACAUUUCCCUGUUUUUGUGCUGGAAAACAGGCCUUUGUAUGUACACAGUCUGCAGAUUUUGUAAGAAAAGAUUUAACUUAUUGUUCUCCUGCUUUGUUUGUAAUUAUGUACAUAUUAACCUUGUCAAAUGUCGUACAUGGUUUUAAGUUUGGCUGUGAGGUGAAUGUGGGCACAGGUCUUCAACAGAAAAAGUUUUCUUUGUUAAAGGAACAUGAACUACUUCUGGGGUACAACUAUGGAAAUUUCCUUACUGUCCUACUGUAAGAGAAGUUAUGUUUUCAGCAGGUAUUCUGAAUAUUUUUAUGAUAGGCUGUGAACUGUGGUGAAUUUUUUCAGUUUGGCUUGUAUGCACCCCUCUGCACGACUUACUGCAACUUUAAUUGCCUAGAGUGAGCAAUUAAUGCACCUAGCAGUGAAUUGUGGUUGAAAUAAGAUGGUCAUCGCUGGUGGUCUUUCAACACUAACGGUUCCUCUGUAUCCUGUGUUGUUGUCAGGAUGUUUUUCGUAGAUAAAGUAUAGAAAUGAUUUUUUUUUUUUUUUCUGGCAAAAUGUUCUUAUUUAUGGGAAAAAAAAGUUUAUUAUAAAAAUUGGAUGGUGAUAGGUUUCUAUCCCCAGUAAAAGUGACCCAUUUGUGUUGUCAUUUACACCAAAUCAACUGACUGCUGGAAUGUGCAGCAAAAACAAAAUGGCACCAUCAUAUUGUGAGUGAAGAGACUGUUUCUGCUGUGGUUACAUUUAUUAAAAGCCUUUUUUUUGCACAGGAUACUCAAUCCUGUAGUGUUUCAGCUUGUGUGUAAGUCUUAAGAAGGGAAGUCCUAACACUUACAUAUAUAUAUCAGCUUUCUCUUAAAGAAUCCAAGAAAUGAAAUGUACUGAGGUUGAGUCUGUACUUUCCACUGUCAUGGCCCCAUUGUCCACGUCUCCUGUGUAACUUGUACGUCUGAACCCCUUCAUGGCUCUGUAGCCUCUCGUGUAUGUACAGAGGGAAGUGAUUGUAAAUCAUUUUAUGGAAGUGUGCCCUUUAAUUUAAGGAAAAGUCUGGUUGCAGUUCAUUGACUGAAUGUUGUUUUUCUUUUAUACAAAGAAGGAAAUGGAAAAAGUCAGCUUGCCCUGCUGCAAACGAGGUAUUUUUUCUAAGAUUAUGUUUUUUUUUCUGUCAUCUUAUGCAGUAUUCAGGGCAUGAAUUUAGCAAAUAAUCUUAUGCUAUACUGUAUGUCUAUAUUGGCCGAGGUGGCCUUGCUUGUGUCUUUUGUGAUUGCCAUCGUAGCAGACAUCAGGAUUAAAUAAAUUAUUUCUUUA